UGUGUUUAUAUAUACACACACUUUAUGCGCACACAAACACUGCAGUGAGUGAAGCAACCUCGUUCCCCCUUUUCUGCUUCAAAUCAAAAUCUCUUCGCAGGCAGCAAUAUGCAGCUACCGCCGGUAAUCAUUUUCUCUCUCCUCCUCUUCUCUCUCCUCUCUUCCACCACCCAAGCCCACAAUAUCACCCGCAUCCUCGCCAAACACCCAGAAUUCUCGACCUUCAACCACUACCUCACCAUCACCCACCUCGCCGCUGACAUCAACCGCCGCCAGACCAUUACCGUCUGCGCCGUCGACAACGGCGCCAUGGACGAACUUCUGUCCAAACACCUCUCCAUCUUUACCAUCAAGAACGUCCUCUCCCUCCACAUUUUCGCCGACUAUUUCGGCUCCAAAAAGCUCCACCAACUCACCGGAGGCUCCACCCUCACAGCCACCAUGUACCAGGCCACCGGCAACGCCCCCGGAACCUCCGGCUACGUCAACAUCACCAAUCUCAAAGGCGGCAAAGUCGGCUUCGCCCCCGAAGACAACGACGGCCCUUUCGGCUCCGUCUACGUCAAGUCCGUCCAUGAACUCCCUUACAACAUUUCUGUAAUUCAGAUCAGUCACGUCUUGACGUCCACCGAAGCCGAAGCUCCGGCCGCCGGACCCAGCAAUAUCAGUCUCACAGGUCUGAUGUCGAGACAGGGCUGCAAAGCAUUCUCAGAUCUGUUACUGAAGUCGGACGCCGAGAAGACGUUUACAGAAAACCUCGAGAGUGGGUUGACUGUGUUUUGCCCAAGCGACGGCGCAAUUAACGCUUUCAUGCCCAAGUACAAGAAUUUGACGGCGGCCGGAAAAGUGUCGGUGCUGCAGUAUCACGGCGUUCCGGUGUACCAAUCGAUGGGGAUGUUGAAAUCGAGUAAUGGGUUGAUGAAUACUUUGGCCACCGACGGAUCGAACAAGUACGAUUUCACUGUGCAGAACGACAACGAUGACGUGACGUUGAUGACGAAGGUGGUGUCGGCGAAGAUAAUGGCGACGUUGAUUGAUGAAGAGCCGAUUGCGGUGUAUAAGGUUAAUAAGGUUUUGUUGCCGAGGGAGCUGUUUAAGGCGGAUCCUGCCCCCGCGCCAAAGGCGUCAAAGGAGACUGACGCAGCGGCGCCGGAGCCAGACACGGCGGACUCGGAGGCGGCGGAUCAGACGGCGACCGAUAAUGGGUCGGUGAGUAUCGGAGGUGGGAGGCUUGUGACGGUGGUUUUGGGGUUGUGUUGGGGAGUGUUGGCACUUCUUUGAGCAUUGGAUGAUCUGGCUCACCGACAGUAUCAUGGAUUUUCAUGUCACCGUGUUGGGUUGAUGACACGUGGAAUAGGACGAUUGGGAACCAACACUUCCAGUAAAUGCUUUUCUGGCAACCGAUUUUUGUUGGUUUUUUAUUGUGGAAAUUAAUAAGGAGUCCAUGGUCCUUUUUUUUUUAUAUUUACUUUUCCCGUUUUAUUUGAUUUGUAAUUAUUUAUUUGUGUGGGUAUAUAAAAACCAUUUGUUUGAACAAUAAUGCAGAUUUGUUUGCUAGUAUUUUACAAAACAUGUAAUAGAGUGGUUAAUUCUUGA